AUGGAUGCAAAGCCCCAACGAAUUCGCGUCCGUACGGACGAGAAUGCUCCCGUCGCCCUGCCUGGCAACAAAACGAUCCAUCACCGAAACAAGUCCACUCCCGCCUUAUCUGCGGCCUUUCAGAAUGGCACGACCAGAAACGGUCUUAGAAGGGCUGCAUUCGGCGACGUCAGCAACACUGCCAAUCUCGUCAAAGGAAGUCGAGAUGAUGCCUCCCUUGCGGGGAAGAAACAACUCAAAGUCGUGGAGAAGGCGCCCGCAGGUGUCCCAGCCAGAAGAACGACCAUUCUCUCGCAACCUGCUCAGCGUCCCAUGUCGAUGACUAGUCUGAAGGGUUUGGUGAGCAAUGUCUCCAAUCCAAAGCCUCUUGAGCCCUCUGCCAAGCAGACGGGUAUUACCCAGCAUGCUCCCAAUACCCGGAAGCCGCUGAACAAGCGCAACACAGUCUUCAAAGACACCCUAGAACCAUUGGCCGAAACUCAGAAAUCUGCAUCCAAGGAAAACGUCACUGAAGUGACAGACGAGAACAAGGGUACCGCUACCUCAUAUCCGGCCACAGAGCAGCGCAUCACAAAAGACGAUGCUCGGUUGGACCAGGAUUCGAAGAUACAAUCAGACGACACAGAGGAAUACUCCAUUGUGAACUCUGACGACAUUGACGGGGCCAAUAGAGACUUACACAAGGCUGAUGACGACAAUUGCAAGGUGCAGGUCAUCGAGCAGUUGCAUGAACGCUGCGCAAACACCAACGAAGUUGACGACCUCCCAAAGGCCCACCGCGAGUCUGCCUCAAGUGCUCAUCUAGCCCAGUCGGAGCCGGAGGAGUACUGGGAUGAGGAAGAUGACGAGAACGAAGAGGAUGACGGGUAUGUCACUGCACGCUCCUACCGUUCUCGUGGCGAUAACACGACCGGCGGAGCGACCACCAUUCUGUUCCCUAAAUACAACUCUCAAGUGCGUCGCGAGCUGGCUUUAGCCAAGCAGGUCGUCGAAGCCACCAGAACUGCGGAAGACAUCGAAGAUGAAUACUGGGACACUAGCAUGGUCGCUGAAUACAGUGAUGAAAUUUUCGAAUACAUGCGGGAGCAAGAGAUCAGAAUGCUGCCAAACGCUCAUUACAUGGAUAAUCAAGCAGAAAUUCAAUGGUCCAUGCGCUCUGUUCUCAUGGACUGGCUUGUACAGGUCCACCACCGGUUCUCGUUGCUCCCAGAGACACUUUUCUUGUGCGUGAACUAUAUCGAUCGCUUUCUCUCGAGCAAGAUCGUCUCCCUGGGCAAGUUGCAGCUUGUGGGUGCGACCGCAAUCUUCAUUGCUGCGAAGUAUGAAGAGAUCAAUUGCCCAUCGGUCCAAGAGAUUGUGUACAUGGUUGACGGAGGCUAUACCGUGGAUGAAAUCCUGAAAGCCGAACGUUUCAUGCUGAGCAUGUUGCAGUUCGAAUUGGGUUGGCCUGGACCGAUGAGUUUCCUGCGAAAGAUUAGCAAGGCUGAUGAUUAUGACUUGGAGACUCGCACCUUGGCUAAGUACUUCUUGGAGGUGACUAUCAUGGAUGAGCGCUUUGUCGGAAGUCCUCCAAGCUUUCUGGCCGCUGGUGCUCAUUGUCUUGCCAGGCUGAUGCUGAGAAAAGGAACUUGGACCCCGUCCCAUGUCCACUAUGCAGGCUACACCUACUCUCAACUCUACCCUCUGGUCUCACUGAUCCUCGAAUGCUGCGAGAUUCCACGCAAGCAUCACUCAGCCAUUUUCGAGAAGUACACCGACAAACGUUUCAAGCGUGCUUCUCUGUUUGCCGAGGCGGAAAUUAAGAAGGGGUUCUGUCUGCCUGAAGUGUCCAGAGAAGCUACCUCCAACGAGCGCAACUCACAUAACGAGCCAACACACCACUGGAAACGAGUCUAA